UCAGCCAGACGACCGCCGGAGACCAAACUCAAGCUAGUCCUCUGCUCCGAUCAGCACCAGUCAGAAUCGUUUCAACACUCGUCGGAGUAACACACUUCUCAAGGUGCUCUCUCGGAUUUCUCGAUCGUCCGCAGUACGUAGCUUGAGCGAGCAAAAAAGAAAAAAGUAUCUACUACCAAGACUGUUUGACGGACGGACACUUGCGUGUUUGAAGAACCUGGGAAAAAGAGCGAACGUUUUUUUCUGGUUUUUUGGUUUUUGAACGUGCGUGUAAGGGAUCAAUUCGUUUCGCGAAUCCCUCAGUGAAAGUGAUUUCAAGAUCAAGUGAGAUAAAGGAAAAAAAACAAACAAACAAGAAAGAUAUUCUGCCAAGUGAUGAAAAACUGUGCCUUUUGAGGAAGACCCAAAAUUGAUGGAUAGUACGAACCUGUGACGAAAAAAAAAUCUGAUUCAGUGAAAUCAAAGUGUGCCUUGCAAUCAAGGUUGGCCGUAGGAAAAGUUUGCGCCGUUCGGUCUCGGGGAUUUUUCAUCAACUGUGGAUAUCCUGCAAAGUUACAAACUGAACAGCAGAAUGGUUACCGGAAUCGGAACCAAGCAGCAGCAGCAGCAGCAUGGCACAAUGCCGACCACCUCACAGAUGCCACCGACCGAACAGCCGGUCGUGAAACGACCCGGAGAUAAUCGCAGGAGUAACAAACCAAUCAUGGAAAAACGCCGCCGAGCUCGCAUCAAUAACUGCCUGAACGAGUUGAAAACGUUGAUCCUGGAUGCCAUGAAAAAAGACCCUGCUCGUCACUCGAAGCUGGAAAAAGCUGAUAUACUGGAAAUGACCGUUAAACACCUGGAGAACCUCCAGCGCCAGCAGAAUGCCAUGUCUCAGGCGACCGAUCCGAACAUCAUGAACAAAUUCAAGGCCGGUUUCAACGAGUGUGCCCAGGAAGUCAGCAGGUUCCCGGAUAUCGAACCGAUGACUCGUCGCCGGCUUCUCGCCCAUCUCAGCAACUGCAUCAAUGGAGUGAAAGCGGACUUCCCGAAACCUCGCCAACCGUCGGUUCAGGUGCACAUACUGCCUUCACCGCCCAGUUCUCCGGAGCAGGAUCACCACUCGCAACCACAUCCCGCUCAAAUCAAUGCCGUACAGACCGGGAAUGGAGUUUUCUUCACGAACAACGUCGGAUCCAGUGUUCAGCUGAUUCCAACCAAACUCCCCAACGGAAGCCUCGCAUUUGUUCUUCCACAAGCCAUCCCUGCCGCGACUGCUCCUGUUCCCAUGCUGGUACCGAUCCCAAGCCGUACCGCGUCGACGGGAUCGGCCGCCUCCAGUCAUUCGUCUUCCUCCGUGUACGAUCGUGUGCCACGGGAACACGCAACUUCGCCCUACCACGCACCACCAAGCCCCGCUAACUCCAACUACGAACCCAUGGACUGUCACUCCACCGGAACUCCUGAACAGCAGCAAUAUCUUCAAUCUCAGCAGAUGCGCUUCCAGCAACAGCACCACCAGCACCAGCAGCAGCAACAACAACAACAACAGCGAUCAUACAGCCCGGACAGUCCCCUGUCACUGGUCAUGAAAAAACCCUACCAGGACCCAAACCUCAAUCAGGAUGACAGCCAACCGUGGCGGCCAUGGUAAAGACCGACACGACCGCACGUGCAGCACCCCUUGAGUCAUAAACAAUUAGUACCUUAACCACCAGUCAUCAUCAAACAACAACGACGGCAGCAGCCGGAAGUUCAAACGCGCUCGUGUCCACGAGCACCGCCGACAAUGUAAAGCACCGCCGCCACCUUCACGUUCGCGUAAAUCACAAAUACCUCCGCUAAAAUAGUUUAAAUAGCACAACACCCCGUUUGCGAUCAAGCUAGACGGCGACGGUAGCAACAAUGUACGAACUGCAGCGAGGCGUGGAGAGGUCACGAGCUCAUGUGCCAUUCAGCGCUCGUGAGAGUAUUGUGCUUUUCCCACAACUCAACUCAAUUGUGUAUUCUCUAGCGCACCGUGCUAAAAUAGUGCCCCAAUAGACAAAGUGUGAGUGCGAAAGACAGAGAGAGAGACAUCGGGAGAAAGACAGUGAGAGCUAGCGGGGGCCACAACCCAACAACUACUGCUAGUAGUGGCAACAAAAUUGUGAACUCGCCGCUACAAAGUGUGUAAUUGAAGCGCACCCAACGGCGAAGAACAAGCGACCGCGAGCAACGACUAGAAAGAAGAAACCUAUCGCGCGGCACGAGGCAAAAUUUAUUUUUACAUUUGAGAGAAUAAAUUUUUAUCACAUCAGCGAACGAACGGAACCGGGUGAGCGGAGAGUGAAACGGCGAACGACGAAAGGAAUAACCCGCGGUUUGCUGCGAUGCGGUGCUCGGUGGAUGGAACACAUGAGCGCGCGUGUGUGCCGAAAAAUUACGCGUUUUUACGUUUUUUUUUCCCCACUCGUGCAAUGCCUACUGACGGACAAUCAUAGAUCAUAGCAAUCCGAUUGACGUUUUACACAACAAUAACCUUGAGUGGGAUUUUUUUUAAUGACCCGUGCCUGUCUGCCUGCCUGCCAGCCUGCAGGAAGCGCUUCUACUAGUCAUCCAAAAAAUAGCGGGGAAUUUUACGGCGGAUGGACUGUGAUUCAUCCACCUGUUGACGUCGUCGAGCGUUGGGCUGCCGAUCGAUUGUUGUUCUGGUGGCACAGAAAGCAACAAUUUUAGCAACUACUAACAACAAGAAACUAAAAAACAAAAUGCACACAACCACCACACGCCCUCUACCGGAGGAACAAGCAAAAGCGUGGAAUCGUAGCUGUGAAUAAUCGUAAGGUUUAGCGUGAUAAAGCAACAAAAAAGCAAACAGAAAUGAGUUCAAAACUUUACAAAACAUAAUAUAUUCGUAUCCUACUACUGGUAGCAGCAGCUUUCGUUUUAAAGUUUUUUUUUUAGACCUAGCACAGUAACGAACAAUCAUGUGAUUAACUCCUUAAAUUUUGCGUUUAAGAUCGUCCUAAUCCAUUUUUCGUUCGCCCCAAACCAAUUGGUUUUCCCCUUCCUAUUCUCAUUAUUCUGUAGCAGAAGCAUAGAGAGUGGCGGAAAAAACCGCGUGUACAUAGAGAGUCUAGUUUUUAUGAUUUACCUUUUCCCUCAUGUGAAGCAAAAGCAAAAACAAAAACCGCGACAUUAAUCACAAAGGUCUUCCAUUAGCAACCAGCAGCAGUAACUGAUAAUUAAUUAGACACACACACACACGAGAGAAAGAGAGAAUGUGCGCGGGAUCCCGUAAAGUCAAAAGGUCGACGCUCAGUCGUUUUUUUUGUUUUUUUCAUUGGUCCAUUCUUUUCUACUCAUCGCAAACCACGGCCGGCCGAGAGAAAAGCGAAUAAUUUAUUCAUCAGAAGUAGAAAAAGGGCGAGCAAAGUAGAGAGAAUCGCCGAGAGUAGGAGACUCAUAAGAGCUUAGCCGGAUCCACGUUAGGUCUUCUUAUUUUUGUACAUGUUUUCCUUGUAUUAUAAUUAUUUUAUUUUUUUUUUUUUGAUCAUAUUUGCGCAUAGUGUUUAAGGGUUAGUUUGUAGAUACAGAAAGAAACGGUAGGCAUUAUUAUUUAUAGAAACAGAAACAAUAACAACAGAAGAAAUACCCAAGAUUUGAAGCAAUUUUUCUCCUAGAAAAAGUGAACUAAUGCAAAAGCAAUCUAAUUAGGUCUAGAUAAUUAGCCAACUGGGAAGUGUUCCCAGGAAUUACUAUUGUGUGACACAAAGAUAGAGAUGAUGAUGAUAGAUGAUAGAACUAUUUUAUAAAAACAACAGAGAAAUUUCUAAAAAUGAUGCACAAGAGAAAAUAUAAAAUAUUUUACAAACGAA